ACAACGUUUACUCUCUCCGCUCUCCGCUGCCUUCCCCCACCCACCGCCGUGAUAAUUCCCGUCGGUUAUCAUUUCAUUUCCAGGAAUCUUUUCUUUCUUUUUCUCCUCUGGUAGUUGAGCGGACAUGGAGCUUUUUCAGGAGCUCGUGCUCACCUUGCUUGUGGCAGUUCUCUCCUCUUUUCUCAUCGCCAAAGUCGUCUCUAAAGCUACCGGCGGCAGUUCCGGUCACGCUGACGAUUCUCCCGAGGCCGCUUCCCCUGCCCGAAGCCGUGAUCAGAAGGAUUCGGGAGACGUGAGUGAAGAAGUUAUCAUGGAGGAAUUGAAUUACGCAGGAAAAUUGGAAUCUAGGGGUCUCGAGAGCGAAGGAAGAGUCGAGUUUGUUGCUGAAUCGGUGGAUAGAGUUGAGGAUUUCGUCGGAGAACCUGCUCCGAUUGACGAGGAAAGGAGCGGAAAUGAAUGCCGUGAAUUGACUGGGGAAGUUGUUCCGACAGAGGUGGAGCAGAGAGGAGAAACUGAAAUCGUUGCCCAAGAGGCGAAAGAAGGUGAAGCGGUUGAGAUGGAAUCAGCUCAGCCGCCUGAGGGAAUUACCACCGUGGCGGCGGAGGAAUCGACCGAUGAAGUUGCUGGAGGUGAGAAAGUGGAGAUUGAGAUAGACGAUGAUUGGGAAGGGAUUGAGAGGAGCGAUUUGGAGAAGGUGUUUGCCAAGGCAUCCAAAUUCGUGGAGUCUGGAUUUGGGGAAGAGAAGUUAGCAAGGGUGGGGAGUGAUGUGCAGAUGGAGUUGUAUGGUCUGCACAAGCUUGUUACUGAAGGGCCUUGCCAUGAACAGCCGCCAAUGGCGCUCAAGCUCUCUGCUCGUGCCAAAUGGUAUUCAACAUUUUCCUUGAAUAAUGUCUCUGCAGCUUUUUUGUGUGUUUACUCUUGGCGCUUUGAUUUGCUUGAUAUGAUUCUGAUUCUGGUUGUAUUGAAUUGGAUGAUUGGAUGCAUAAUGCCUGCUUAGUAUAGCAUAGGAUUGUUGGCUUUAAGGAGGAAAAUGCCAAGUGGAUAGUGUUGCUUACCAAGGGUUUAGAACUGAAUGAACCUUUAGAAACAUUAGAAUCCACAUGUGACUAUGACAAUGUAGGUGUCUAAGUGCUGAAAUGAAGUGGGCUGCAUCUGAAAUAGCCAGUGGAGGCUGAAAGAAUUGAACUUUGUCCAAUAUAAGGAAAGGAAAUGGUGGUGCAGAGCACAGACACACCUUAGAACCUGUGGGCAUGCCUAUACCAAGUUGCACGGUAUAGUUUGAUUGUAAGUUAUAUAUAUCAGGGGGUUUACAGUGAGUGACGGAGAGCCACUGAUUACGUUGUGCAAGGAAUUCGUGGCAAAAGCUGGGUAAUAUGGAUCCAGAAGUGGCGAUGGAGCAUUAUGUCACUCUUCUAUCCGAAAAUGUCCCACGGUGGGCUGAAGAAAAAUCUAUUAGAGAUGAUGAUGCAGCUCCGUCAUCUGAAGUACUAGAGUCCGGUGAUUCAGCUGCAGACAUUUCCUCACCUGCAUCCCAUCACCCUAAAUACCCUUACGAACGUGGUUCCGAACCGAAGCAUGAUUACGAGACGAGUGAGCCGAUGAGUGGCGACUCAGAUGUCAAGAAUACGGUUAAGGAAUGACAUGUAGUCUUUGACUGUUGUCGCCCACCAGCCACCAACACCUAAUCUGCUUCCAACCACAAUUUCCAGUUGCUGCUGCAGUGCUGCUUGACCUUCCACCGACACUAAUUUUUCGUCGGGAAAAGGGGCUUUUUCAAGUUAAGUGCCUCAAUCAAAAAGUAGUCCAAGUACGGGUUUCUCAGCUGUCUCUAUUAUGCAUACGGUAAUUUAUUUCAUGAUCCAUUGUCAUCAUCCCCCUUAUGUUUGCUUGACAAAGAAGAAAGAUAGGAUUGUGGAAUGCAUUCUCCAUAUCUGCUGCAUGUGUAAAUAAUUAUCAUGUAUAUGAACUAUGAAGUGAACUAAUCUGUCCCUCUCUAUGUAUAUGAAAGAAUAUGUUGUCAACUUGUCAUCAUCAGAUUCAUCCACCAUGGCAAAAAC